AUGGACCUCUUUCCACCGCGAGUCGACCAAUCCUCUCGACCUUACCCUUCCUAUCCCUCCCGUGACCAAUACCCUCCUUCCUACCCACAUCACCAUUCCGACUCGUCUGCUGAUGAUGUACACGACACAGACGAAGGCGCUGGCAAAUCAGCAGAGCAGUCCCAAAAGUCAGAAGCAAAGCCUCAAGCAACAUUUCUGACAAAACUCUACGCGCUACUUGAGCGCACCGAAAACCAUCACAUGAUUCGGUGGGACCCCCAAGGCGAACAUAUCGUUGUAGAGCGACCUGAGCAACUUGCUUUGCAUGUUCUCCCCCAUGUUUAUCGCCAGUCCCGCUUCGCAAGCUUCUCCCGGCAACUCAAUAUCUAUGGUUUUAUGCGAAAGGUGAACCUCCGCAACGUCGAUCCCGCCAUCGACGACCCCGACGCUAGCACGUGGUCGCAUCCAACCCUGAAUCGGCAUUCGCCUCCCGAAGUCGUUGCCAAUUUCAAGCGUCGAGUACCUCCUCGACUGCCAAAACCACGGAAACGUGAUGCAGAGCACUCCCCUUCGUCGAUUCCCCCGCCUCGUUCUGCUAUCGGAAUGGGGCCAGUGCCACUGACAGUCCCUUCGACUGUUGGUCCUUCUGUUCACAAACCUGGCCACAUUGGACGUGCGCGGGGAUUUUCUGCUCCUGGGGCCUUCCCACCAAUAAUUCAAGGCUCUGGUGCAAGUGGGUGGAACGGGGGUGGUUACGCGCGAUCAGCUCUUCCUCCUUUGACUGUCCCCUCUGAAUCUCCGCAUAUGGCCCAUGGAAGCGGCAAUAUGUACCACCAUUCCACACAUUCACUCCAUCCACUCACUCCAAGCGACGAGUCACCGACAUCGCCCGCGUUCAACUCGAUGCCGCCUUACUCAGGCUCGUCACAGUACCCAUAUCCGUCUGAGCAAGGCCAGUGGCCAUCACAUAACGGCAACUACUCGAGCCACAACGGCAGCUUGUCCUCUCUUUUGAACCCCAGCAAUGGCGGUUAUUCGCGGCCAGCACCGACCAUCAACACUUCCUACCCUUCCCCAUUCUCUUCCAUGCCCAUGGAACACAGUGCGUCUUCAAUGUCACCAGACAGUCGUCCAACAACUGGCUACUCGAUGUCCUCUGUUUCUUCCGCUUAUCAGGACGACUACUCCCGCCCCAGUUCGUCCCACCACCGACCCCUAUCUCCAUCGCGCCCGCCAUCUUCGAAAGGCUCGUAUCCAAGCAGCCAACUCGGGAUCGUCCGUCGCCCUCGUCGCCACAGCCAGGUCAUGAGUCCUUAUCCAAGUCCAUAUGAGCACUCACCAGACCAACGACCCUCCUCUUCCCCGCAACCGAUCGACGACAAUCACAGCAACCUACCAAGGGUAAGGAGCAUGAUACAGCUCCCUGCUGUUGAUCCGUACAACAAUUACAACGGUGGUCAAGCAGAGUUUGCCUACUCUGCUGUCUCCGGCCCGGUUGGCAACAACGACGAUAGCAACAACAGUUGGCGCCCCAAUAACAACAGACCGUCCACUGCUGCCUCGUCUAUUUCGGCCGCGUCACAUACCUCGUCGUCGCAGGCCAACACGCCUCCUGUCCAAGAGGGUUUCCACGGAGAGACGGAUAUCAAUCGAUUCUCACCGGACUUUGGGUAUGUCGCCAUGAACGAGCACCUCCCGUCGCACCAGCAUUACGCCAAAUCGCCCAGCGGAAUGUCGCAGGACUGA